AUGCGUCUAGCGGCCUGCGAUGCUUCCGUUGCCCAGCUCGCUCCUUGGAACACCUGCGUGGAUUGCGUUGUCUCCUUUUUCGACCUAGCCCGCAGUCCGCACAAAUCCUCUGAUCCGCCCGCCAAACCAGAUCGUCAUUUCGUUGCCAUGUUGCCACGUCUUAUGCGAGUCGGCCGGAUACUUGUUGAGAGUGUGCUUCGUUGUGUGAUGGGCCUGCUCGGCUCUAUUUUUCGGUGA